AUGCAAUCUAUGCACACCGUAGCCGUCUUCUUGGACAUACAGGGCGCAUUCGACAACGUCUGUCCUGACAUAUUAUUACAGGAUCUGUCGGACAUUGGCAUUCCAGCUCGCUGUCGCAAAUUUGUGGAAAAUCUAAUCUUUAAAAGGAAGAUCUUUUUUGUCAAGGAGGGCACUUUAAUUGGUCCCUUCUUCUCAUUUAAAGGGACUCCGCAAGGUUCUACCCUUAGUCCGAUUCUUUUUAAUUUAUAUCUCAGGAAAAUCUUUGAGUGCAUCCCGCAGGGCGUGCGCAUUCUACAAUAUGCGGACGACAUUGUGCUUUUUGCUACGGAGGGAAAUAUUGAGAAGGCUUUUGAAUGUCUGCAAACAGCUUUAGACAGUGUCUGGCAGUUUUUACAAAAUAGAGGCCUUAAGCUCUCUCCUAGUAAAUCCAAAUGGAUGAUAUUUUCCAAGACCAGAGCUGAUCCCGCCCCUCCCAAUGCUGCGCUCUUUAUUAACAAACAACCUAUUCCCAGAGUUUUAUCGGUUCGUUUCUUGGGCGUCGUCUUGGACCCCACGCUGAGGGGAGAGGCUCACACGAAAUAUUUGGUGCGCAAGGGCAAAGCUGUCUCGGACGUGCUUGCGUCACUUGCAGGCACCUCAUGGGGAGCGCACCCCGACACCCUUAUCAGUAUAUACCGCGCGGUUUUACGAGGCGCCAUUGAAGUUUCCAUUCCAAUCAACAUUAUUCUGGCGGAAGCCAAGGAAGUACCUCUAAAGAUAAGGUUUACAUAUCUCAUUGAUAAAUAUCUCUACAAGGCAUACUCUAAUAAAUUCAGCAUCGUUGCCCGCAGCCUGCGAAGCAUUGACAACUCCGCCCACUCGGACGUGAUCAGAGAAAAAGCUCGGAAGUCCCUUCCUGUAUACGACAGAUAUUGCGCCACAAAGCACGUGUUAGAUAGAGUUCACCGCUACACGUUUCUCCCGGCCUACGAUGACAUUUACCAACUUUCCAUUUACAAGAAGGACAUUGACUUCUCGCUAACAGACAUUCAAAGGGACACUCCUCCGCAUAUCGCGCGCGCCAAGUUUCAAGAACAUUUCGAGGAAUUAUCGAUCGAGGCUACAUCUUUCUAUACGGAUGGGUCCAAAUCGGAUUACUCCCCAGCCGGCGCUAGCAUUUACUCUCCCAGCAUCAACUUCAUAAUUACACACAAGCUUCCUUCAUCUGUCUCUAUUUUCACUGCUGAAGCAUGGGCUAUUCUGCAUGCAAUCACUGCUAUUAUUGAUUUAAACAUUAUUGAAGCCAAUGUCUUCACAGACUCCAGAAGUGUGCUAAUGGCUCUCGCCUCAUCGGAUCACAAGCAAGGAAACUACCUAAUACAUCAAAUCAAGAAAAAACUCAUUGCUGCUGAAAGAGAAGGGAGGAAAAUCGUUCUCUGCUUGGUUCCGGCACACAAGGGGAUCCCCUGCAACGAGAAAGCGGACCGCCUUGCGAAGUGGGCCACGUCAAGGGGCGCUAAACCCACGUUCCAAGUCCCGUUCACCGAUUUUCAAGUGGAGGCAAAACUGCAUCGAGUAAACGCUUACAAACACUAUCUGGAAGAAACCUCCUUUGUCAAAGGCACGCAAUAUUCUGACAAGCUUUAUUUAAGCGACUCUCAAAAGACAUGGUUCUUCAAUAAAGGUUUAAACAGGGAAGAAAUUGUCUGUAUAUCUCGCAUCCGGAGCAACCAUUACAAUCUAAAUUACAGUCUAUUCAGGAAAAACAUUGUUGAUUCUCCCGAGUGCCCAUGUGGGGAAAUUCCCUAG